AUGGUGACAAUGCAGCGGCCGGCACUUUGGGUGCUGGCUUUAUUUCCAUGCUGCGUGGAUGCCGCAUCCCUGCGACGGAGCAAGAUGACCUUCAUCGAGGAGCAGAUGUCCAUGCAGAUGAAGCUCAUGAUGCCAGAGAGGGCGACCCUGAACAACAUCGAGGCAUCCAUCCUCAACAUGGCGAAGUUGAGACACUCGCAUGGAGCCGGUGAAGCCGGCAGCAACCUGACCGGCUUUCUGGACCAGAUCCAGGGUCUUAUCGACAAGACCAUGAAGACCAACAUCCUUACAAGGCAAAAUCAGACGCAGACAGAUCUGGAUAUGGCGUGGGCCAACCUUAGCACGUGCACGCAUCCCAACGACACGGAUUUUGUCGACACCCUUGCGGAGCUCGACAAGUCUCACACAGAGUGCAGGCAGAGUCAGGACACCAUGUGGUCCAGCUACAAGCAGACCUGCAUCACUGAAAGAGAGAUUUAUGAAAACGAGAAGAAGGCCAUUUGCGAUCAGUACGACAGCGUGAAUGUCUUCGAGAAUCCCACGUCCGUCUGCGUGAUGGCCGAUGGCACCGCGGUGCCCACCAUUGGGAACUACCUGACGGCCAUGGAGGCGUACUUCAACAAGAAGCAUGCCGUCCUCAAGGAGUGGAAGGACAAGUGCGACAACGCCACCAACACCCCCUUCGCGAACGAGGAGCUGUGCAAGGAGAAAGUUUGCACCUACUACGACAAGAAGAUCGAAUGCGACACCAAGCAGAACAAGUUCGAGCAGAAGUCUUGUGACCUGCACAGGAGCUAUCGCUGCAGUAGCUACACGAAUUGCUACGACCAGAAGAAGGAGACGUAUCGGAACAUCGUGUCCCUGGCCAAAGAGAGCGAGUUGGCGGCGCAAGCCGAAUGGAGGGCCGUCAAGAGGAUCGAGUGCCUCAUCAAUGCCCUGCGCGUCACAGAGAGCGAGCUUGCAGGGGCCAUCGACGCGUGCAAGGCCAAGAGGUUUGGCACAGAUGCAGUCGAGAUGACCUACAGGGGCGAUCCCCCACCAGUGCGCUCCUGCUCGGAGGUGUACUUGCAGCCGGGCGCCGCGCUGUUCUCCAGCACGUGGUACACUGGCAUGCCCACGGCUGCGCCCGCCUCCAGCUGUGCGUCUUCGUGCUGCAUGGCCGAGGCAUUCAGCUCGACGUAUCCCUCGACUGUUACUUGCCCAUAUGUGAAAUCUCAGAUUACGACCACAACGACGACCGCCUCGACGACGACAAAAGCCGUCGCACCUGUCUUCAUGGCCAGUGCCAGCCCUGCCGCGCCUUUCGGAGGCAUGACAUUUGGCGGCCUGGGGGGGAUGAGGCGGUAG